AUGAUCUACACGCUUCUGGAGGCGGAGAGCAGGCUCCAGUUUGGUUUGGAGCAGGGUUGGUUAAAAGAUCUCCAUCAUGUGCCUAGAGCGCAGCUCCAAACGCCUGUGGACUACGAGAGCCGCAGCUCAUACUCUUUCUCAGUGGAGGUCAUGAACCCCUUUGUGGACCCUCGGUUUCUGCGUCUGGGUGCCUUCAAGGACCGGGCCACAGUGCGUGUGGCAGUGCUGGACGCAGACGAGCCCCCAAAGUUCUCCAGGUCCAGAUAUCUGAUGGACGUGUCUGAGAACUGCCCCCCCGCCUGCACUGUGGGCAGAGUGAGCGCCAUAGACCCCGACACUGGACUGACCAACAAUAUCAGGUUCUCCAUUGAUCCUCAGUCAGACUCGGAGGCAGUUUUCCGUAUCACUCCGGACACAGGCUUGAUCACUACGGCGGUGGAAUUGGAUCGGGAACGCGAGCACUGGCACAACAUCACAGUCAUCGCCACCCAGAGAGACAAUCCCAGCCAGGUGUCCCGGGUCCUUGUUGCCAUAGAGACCUUAGAUCUGAAUGACAAUGCACCUGAACUUGACCGGCAGUACACCACAGCCAUGUGUGACUCCUCCAAGAUGGGACAGGUGGUGCAGGUGUUGCGGGCGAUCGAUCGAGAUGAAGGAGGGAAUGACAGUACGGUGUAUUUUAGCAUCCCUCCAGAGUCCAGAGCUGCCCUCAACUUCAGCGUCCGGGACAGUGGCGGCCCUACAGCGAGCCUGGUGCUGGUUUCCCAGUUGGUGCCUCUGUCUCGCUCAGCGUCCUCCACUUUGACGAUGUAUGUGCCUUUAGUCCUGCGAGACGGGACCUCAGGCCUCACCAGCACCGGCACGGUCACAGUGUCUGUGUGUCCCUGCCUGAAGGGAGGGGCAAGAGCUGGGGACAAGGACAAGCAGACCGAGGGAGACUGGGACAGAGAGGCUGUCUGUCUGCCUCAACAGUCCUCUCUGCCUUCACCUGGACUCAGCACUGCCGCCCUGCUUGCUAUCCUGGCCUGUGUGGCAACACUACUGGCCGUGAGUGCCCUGUCAUUAUCGCUGCGGCGUCAGAAGCGUGACUCGCUGUCUCCACUGGAGGAGGACGAUGUGAGGGAGAACAUUAUCACCUAUGACGACGAGGGCGGAGGCGAAGCCGACACCGCAGCCUUUGACAUAGCUGCGCUCCAGAGCGCCCCCCACAGCUCACGCACCAGAGGUUAUCGCACUCUGGACAGCAGGAAUGUCCGUUACGCCCAACGUGCAGUGGAAAAGGGCCGCACAUACAGUUGGGCUCAGAACCAGGGCUUGGAGCAGCCUUACAGUGGUCCUGGGGGUCCUCUCUACGGCCGCCUCUGUUACAGCAGUGCCACUCUGCCGGUUCUGCGACGGGCUCCUGGAGGGGCUCCUGGAGGGGCCUUUGAGCCUGGCCUGGCUGAGCUUGGCUAUCGUUACCCUGGGGGCCAGCCAGAUCACUCCCUGGUCAUCCAGAAUCAGGCAGCCAUGGUGGGGCCGACGGGGUCCGGCGCGGUCUACAUCCCCUCCACGGAGUUGAGCAAUGGGAGUCGCACCGGCAGCAGAGACGGGACGGCGCCUCAGAGCAGAGUGAGCACGUCGGAUGGAGGAACGCCCAGAACGUCUGACAGUCAUGAUCGAGGAGGGGGCACCGCCAGCAACUGCACCGAGGGGAGCGAGGACAAGCUCAAUGGCCAAGACAUGGACUGGAUCUACCCCCAAGUCCUAUCGGAAUCCACUCACCUCCCCUACCCACAGGCGCAGUUGGAGAGCGCGCAGCGAGAGCACAACCUGGUGAUGACGCGCUCCGGUUCCAUGAUGGGACACGGGGGCCACGGCGCCGCAGGGGGCUGGGUCUGCGAUUCGGCCACGCUCCCACUGGCGGGAAGGAGGGCCUCACGAUCCGGGACGUCGCCAAAGCGCUCGGGAUCCAUCCACGGCGAGACGGACACGGGUGGCGGGACGUUGGGUCUGGACGGACAGAGAGACUACCCUGGGACACGGGGGAGGGGCGGGCUGGAGAUGGGAAGCAACUUUGUCAUUGGUCGAGGCGAAAGAAAUGGCAGUAUUUCUCUCAGCGGGACGCCUACUGGAUUUCCCGAAGGUUUUAUCGGAGACUGGCGCGACUGUGUUGGGAUCGGGGGUUACGUGGUCGGACGCAGAGAUAUGAGCCCUCAACUUCUACCUUUGCCUCGAGGGGGGUAUCCUGGAGUACUCAACGCAGCCUGGGCUCCCCCCGGUGUAGAAGCAGUUCGCGGGGCUCCCGGUGGCCCAUCUUUGGCCCUGCGAGUCGGAGAAUUCCUUCGCCUCCGCCUCGCCCAAGUCACUUUCGACCCCUCGCAGCCGCCGUACGACUCGGUGCAGGUGUACGGCUUGGAGGGCAGCGGGUCGCGGGCUGGGUCGCUGAGCUCACUGGAAAGCGACGGGGACAAAGAUGGCGACAAAGACGAUUGGGGGGCUGGUAUGGAGGAGUGGGGUCCACAGUUUGAGAAACUCUCCCAGCUUUUUAAAGAAAAAGAGAAAGAGAAGGAAGAGAAAUGUUUGGAAAAUGCAAAAGAGGAUUGUGAGAAGAAUGAGGGGAAUGGCGAGGGGAAAGACUGA